UUUUGCGUUCCAAUUCUCAGUCAGUUCAGUUAAGUUUAUGUUGAAAUUGAAGAAUAAAAUUACUAAAUCCGCUUAAUAAUUCGCAAAUAUUCAACAAAAGAUGGCGAAUAAAACAGUAACAGUGCUAACGAUCCAUGGCCGUAGGCAAAACGUGAAAGUGGAGCCAAAUAUAACAAUCCUAGACAUUCUCGAGCAAGUGUGUCAGAAAUUCAACUUUAAUUCGAUUGAAUAUGAUCUGAAACACCACAACAAAGUGAUGGAUCUCUCGGCUAUGUUCAGGUUCUCAGGCCUUCCCAACAACGCACUUCUGGAGAUGGUACCGGUUACCAAGGUGCGGACGGAGGCUGAUAUCAUAUUAGUUGUUCAGCUGGAAGACGGAACCCGCCUAGAUGGCACGUUCAAAUCAUCGACAAGUCUUUUGGAUGUGCUUAAGACGGUAUGCUAUGAAAAAGCUAACGCCGAAGCAAAUCCCGUUAUGAUCUAUAUGCGCAGAGAAGUUUUGUGGGAUUCGUUGGAUAAAACUACUUUAAAAAGCUUAGGGCUAACUGGUGGACGUGCCAUUAUAAGAUUACUUCAAAGAAAGCCGGAAGAGCUAAAGACACAAGCCAACGUGUCGGCCCCUUUGCCACACAAGGAAAAACCAGAGGAGUCAGAUGAUCCCGCUCCGGAGAAAAUAACCAGCACUCCACCGAAAGAUGCUGAAACAGAAACUCCAAUGCAAACUAACUCCGCGCCUGAAAAUGAACAGAACUCCCAAGUUUUGGCGAAAAAAGCUAAGGCAGGUGAAUCUAGUCCUGAGUCAGGACCAUCGAAGGCCAGUUCAAAAUUGCCAUCGGAAAUGCCUGCAAAAGCCGAGAUUCCCGAAAGCGGCAACGAGCCAAAGCCAGAACCAAUAAUCAACAUUCUUGGCGAGAGAGAUGCUGUGCUGUUCCAUCUAAAAACAGCCGAACGAGGUUCAUUUGAUCUACCAGACUCAUUCUUCGAUGUCACAGUAAAAGAUGUUCGCAAAAUGUAUGUCGAAUUGAGAAACAAAGUUAAAGAGUUGGAGGAAGCACCAUUGAUGACAUCCGAACUACGCAAACUGGAGGAUGAUAAGCGCGUUUUGAAUAGUUUGGCACGCUAUAAAAACACAAUCAUUCGAGUACAGUUUCCGGAUCGUCACAUAUUGCAGGGUAUCUUCAAAUUGCAUGAAACCGUUGCUGAUGUUUUAGGAUUUGUAGAUACAUACUUAGAAGACCGAACAACGCCUCUUCAUCUCUAUACCACACCACCAAAGACAAUUCUAUCUCCUGAAAGUUCACUAGUGGAAGCAAAAUGCGCACCACAGGCCAUACUACAUCUUGGCUUCGAAGGCGAUUCGAAAAUGGAUAAAAUUCUCAAAUUGAACCUAUAUGAGCGCCUCUCGAACGCAACAGGUGCAACCGAACUCGCUGCUCGUUCCAGGAAGUAUCUCAACGAAACUACAACUGCCUCAUCUUCAUCAACAACUUGCAUGGACACGGAUUCGGAUGCUUGCCUACCGGUGGAUGUGAACGAUGCAAACGUAGCCAGCAGCAGUGCAAAUCGGAUGCCAAAUGCAAACUUUAGGCCCUCCUCGGUACAGUCUACUGCUAGCGAUGUGAAGAUGCCAAAAUGGUUUAAACCGGUGGCAAAAUAAAAAUAUGUUGUUGCCUUCUUCGAUACGAUCAUGUCUCAAAAU